AUGACAAACGAUCACUCAUUUCAUGAGGUAAUUUUUUAAUUUUGAAAUUUGAGAAAUAUUUUUUCCAUAAGUUUGUUUGUCUUUUCCUUUAGAAGCAUCAAAAACAUUCGACAGUAUUGGAAGAAAUCGACGAAGAGCAAGAUCCGAGUGUUAAAGAUGAAGAAGAAGUUGGAAAUGAACGGAAACGUGGAGUGUCGUUGGAACAGCAAGGGAUUACGGUAGCUGAUAUUUUGGAAAAGACAAAAGAGGAGGAUGAACUGGAAAAUAAAGUGGAUGAGAAAAAGACGACAGAUCAAACAGAAGAUGAGCCAGAAACUCAGAACUCUGUGAAUUCAGUUCACAGAUAUGCAAAAAAUCGGGAAAAUUUGGCGUGAGUCGUGAAAACUUUCGAUUCACUGAACUGGGCUAGAAAAAUUUUAGCAACUUUUCUAACAUAGAAAAACUUUUUCAGCAAUUUUCAAAACUUUUUCAAAACAAAUGAUUUUUCAGAAGUGGUCAAGAAGCAAUUGAUCGUUAUUACGAAAGAAAUAAUUAUACAGUAACUGGAAAAGAUCGAAAUAGCGAAUUCUAUAACAAACUCCCAAGUCAUUUGCAACAUCGAAUGAAUGCGCCAAAUUUUGACAGCACAAGUCGACACAGUAAAAUGAGUAGCCCUGGUGCAAAUGGUGAAACUGUUGUGCCAAGUGGAAGACGUGAGUUUGAAUUUUAUUUCAAAACUGAAGUCGGCCAAACAUUUUUUCGAAUAUCAAAAAUCAUUUAAAAAUUACGUGUAACGUAUAUUUUUCAGGAUUUGAUAAAUCAGUUUAUUGGCUUGCAUUCAAUCGAAAAAAGAUUGGAUUCCGUCAUAUUUGCAUGAUUUUUCUGAUUCUCAUUUAUACUCUCCUUGGUGCUGCAAUGUUUUAUUCUGUUGAAUCAAGAUUUGAAGAAAAGAAAGCAUUGCUUCAUGUGAAAGAUCUUGAAAAACUUUUAAGUGAACUUGCAGCAAAUGUUACUGAAAAUGUUAAUAAUCCGAAUACAACUACAACUAUGCCAGAGAUGAGAGAUUAUAUUCGGGUAAAUGAUUUAUAUUUGGUUCUGAACUUGAGAACUUUGUGUUUUUUCCAGGAAGCUUAUAUUGCUUUGAUGAAAUUAGAGGGUCAAUAUAAAGGGAGCACUUAUUAUAAAUUAGAUGAUGUUGGAAAUAAUUGGAAGUGGAGCUUUAAAAGUGCAUUUUUCUUCAGUAUGAAUGUUUAUACUACUACGGGUUAUGGUAAGUUUAUUUGUUACACAAAACUGAUUCAAAAUUUUUAUUUUUUUAGGUUCAAUUGCACCCGAAUCAGAUUUAGGACAGUUUUUAGUUGUUGUUUAUGGUUUCAUCUUCAUUCCAAUUACUUUAGUCACUUUGCGUGACUUGGGACAACUUUGUUUAGUUCAUCUUACUACAAUGUAUGCACAUAUCAAACAAAAAUUGCGAGAACUUCAAGGGGAAUAAAAUUGUUGAUGAAGAUGAGAUGAUUCAGAUACCUGUGAUAACAUGUUUCGGAAUACUCACAGCCUAUCUCGCAUUUUGCACAUUUUUCAUUUAUUUCUAUGAUCAAGCACUUGGACCAGAUGAAGGAAUCCCAUUAUUUUUAUCUUUUUACUUUUCAUUUGUCUCAUUGAGUACAAUUGGAUUGGGAGAUGUUAUGCCAAAUAAUGCAACAUUUUCGCCAAUUAUUUCAAUUAUGUUUUUCUUUGGAAUGGCUCUUACAAAAGUGGUUAAUAGAACAACAUAUAUUUGUGUAGAAAAUGGAAUAUUUGGUGGAAUGACAAUGAUUGAAAAUAAAUUGGAUUCAAUUGUAAAUUCUGAAACAUCCAAAGUAGAUGACAUGGAGCCUUCAACUCCACCGAAAUUUGCUCGCGCAGUUAGUGUCGAUGCUGGUUCAGUUUGUCCGGAUGGCACAAAUCCAAACGAUCUAUUGAAUACUAUGACAGUUCGAUCUUUGGCCACAUUUAUGCGAUCGAAUGCCGAUAUUUAUGGAGGUGGUUUCGGUCGUGUACAACUUCGACGUGGAGAUCUCAUGAAUCCUGAUAAUCAAGCAACUAUCAGUAGCAUAUCACAAUUAAGAAGACGGAGCAAUACAGUUUUAUCAAAUGGGCAGAAAAGCAAAGAGGAACCAUAA